AUGGCUUCCUCAGAUGAUUUUUCUAGUGCUUUGGAAUGUGGAAGAACCCCAGUUACUACCAGAAGCAGGAUAGUUGGAGGUCAGAACGCUUCAGCUGGACACUGGCCCUGGCAGGCUAGUCUUCUUCUGUUAAGCAGGCACAUCUGUGGAGGUUCUCUCAUCAACAAACAGUGGGUGCUGUCUGCUGCCCACUGUGUUCAUGGGUAUCCCACGUCUUAUUUCACUGUGUUUUUGGGGCGACAGACCCAGGGAGGCUUCAACCCCAAUGAAGUGUUUAGAUAUGUGAGAUUAAUCAUUAAACAUCCCAAUUACAACAAUUUUACAAAUGAGAACGAUAUCGCUCUUCUCAAAUUGAGAUCACCUGUCACCUUCACUGACUACAUCAGACCCGUGUGUCUAGCAGCUCAUAACAGUGUGUUCAACAGCGGCACAGACAGCUGGAUCACUGGAUGGGGAAACAUUGGUGAAGGAGUACCCCUUCCAUCCCCUAAUGUUCUUCAGGAAGUGGAGGUUCCUGUAAUUGGUAACAAACAGUGCAACUGUCUGUAUGGAGUUGGAGAGAUAACAGACAACAUGAUCUGUGCUGGUCUACUGGAAGGAGGCAAGGACUCGUGUCAGGGGGAUUCCGGAGGUCCGAUGGUGAGCAGGCAGAGCUCUGUAUGGGUUCAGUCCGGUAUCGUUAGCUUUGGAACUGGCUGUGCUCGACCUGAACUUCCUGGUGUGUACACCAGAGUAUCACACUAUCAGGAAUGGAUCAGUUCCUUGGUGUGCAGCGAUCCUCCAGGUUUUGUGCAGUUUACCUCCGCUGGAGCUGAUCCUGACAACAGUUACAGCUGUCCUGGUCUUACUCCUUCUUCUUCCUCAUUAAUAGAACUAAAAAUUAGAUCUUCUGCAACAACUCCUCCACAAAAUUCUUUGCUGUCAUAUUUGCUUUUGCUUUUAGCAGUACUUUCUUUAUUUUAUAUGUAAAGAUGUAUUUGGGGUAAAUACCUUCAUUCAAAAGGAAUGUAUCAAACGUGACAGUAAAUGCAUUUAUAAGGAAUAAUACAAUAAGAAAUGUUUCAAAUCUGCAUAUAAGAAUGAUCUCUGAAUGAUUAUGUGACACCGAAGACUGGAGUAAUG